AUGUCAUCUAGUGCACAGCUUGCCAAAGCUCAUUUGGCAGACCAUCAGCCACCAAUAGUUAUGCUAACAGCUAAGUCUUUCUUCGAGCAAUUAACGAAAGAGGAGUCGCUGUAUGCCCACUAUAUGUCGAAGGCAUCGCAUGCUGGGUCUCGAGUAGUAUUGAGACAAGUUUCUCAUGAGAGUGAAGCUAUUUUUGACUUGGUGUUAGGUAUUCACAUUAAAUUAAACGGGAAAUAUGAAGAUUCUCAAGAACUAAAUUACUAUUUGGAAUAUGUUUCUCAGUUCUUGAGUAACUUGGGCAAUUAUAAUUCUUUUGGUAAUUCCAAGUUCAUUCCACGUUGUUCCAAGGAAUACUUUUAUCAAUUGAUGAAAUGUGCGGGGAUUAGCAAAGAGUCGAAGGUUAACACGACAUCAUGCCCAAUUAAUACAUAUGAAGAGUUAGUCGAACAAGGGAUAUAUAGGAUCGAUUCUCGAUCUUCUUUUUUGGGGUUUCCAACUAGUGGUCAUGUUUCAGGAUAUUAUUUCGGUGAUGUAUCUGAAGAGGAUCUUGUUUUGUUAAAGAAGGAAGUCUUUGGGGCAAAAGAUGUUAUGCCUGAAAACACCAGAAUUAAAAAAUUGGACAAUGGUGACUUUGAAAUCUUAGUGGCAUCAGAAAGUACGUCGACAGCGGACAAGUAUCCUGAAGAAUCUUUAAAGCUAUCCAAUGGUGCUACUUUGACUUUUAAAUUUGGUGAUCAUUCUCGUGAGAUGAAGUUAGUUGCCGACUAUAUUUCAAAGGCCAAAGAGUAUGCUGCAAACGAUACCCAGCGUCUGAUGCUUUCUGAAUACGUAGACCAUUUUAGAACUGGUAACAUGAAGUCUCAUAAGAGAUCUCAAAUACAAUGGGUCAAGGAUUUAGCUCCCAUUAUUGAGACCAACACUGGUUUCAUCGAAACGUACAGAGAACCAUCGGGUAUUAUUGGUGAAUUUGAAUCGUUGGUGGCAAUUACAAAUAAGCAUCGAACGAGAAAGUUCGCUGCAUUGGUUCAAUCCGCAGGGAAGUUCAUUUCUUUAUUACCAUGGGGCCCUGAAUUCGAAAAGUCUAAACUUGAACCUCCCGACUUUACUUCUUUGGAAGUGCUCACGUUUGCUGCUAGCGGUAUUCCUGCAGGGAUCAAUAUUCCCAACUAUGAUGAUGUAAGACUCAAUAUUGGGUUUAAAAACGUUUCUUUGGGUAACAUUGUUAGUUCCACUUUAAGCUCAAAGGAGACCACUUUCUUACAUGCUCAGGAUGAUGUGCUGUUUAGAAAAUAUCAAGCUGAAUCCUUUGAAGUCCAAGUUGGUAUUCAUGAGCUAUUAGGGCAUGGAUCUGGUAAACUUUUAUGUGAGUUAGAAGAUGGAUCCUUUAAUUUUGAUAAAGAAAACCCCCCAAUAGGAUUGGACGGGAAGCCAGUAAGUACAUAUUAUCGCAAGGGUGAGACUUGGGGAUCCAAAUUUGGCGGUUUGGCCGGACCUUAUGAAGAAUGUCGUGCAGAGGUUAUUGCUAUGUAUUUGAUCACAAAUAGGGAGUUGUUAUCCAUAUUUGGAUUCAAAUCUAAAGAAGAACAGGACUCAAUCAUUUACAUUGGAUUCUUGCAAAUGGCUCGUGCUGGGUUGAUGGCCUUAGACUUUUGGGACGAAAGCACCCAAAAAUGGGGCCAACCACAUAUGCAAGCUCGUUUUGCAAUUAUGAAGACAUUCUUUAACCAUUCUCAAGACAAGAAUUUCCUGAAGUUCUCAUUCAGUAGACCAGAUUACGAUGAUUUGAAAAUUGAGUUAAAGCAGGAUCUCAUCGAGACUGUGGGACAUGAGUGUAUGAAAGAUUUCUUGAAACAUUUGCAUAUCUACAAGGCAUCCUGCGAUGUCGAAGCUGGAACUGCGUACUUCAAAGAUAGAAGUUCGGUCACACCAGAAUUGGCUCGCUUCAAGGCAGUUGUUAACAAGAAGAAACUACCAAGAAAGCAGUUUAUCCAAGCCAAUACCUCGGUAAACUCCGAGGGUAUCGUAACAUUGCACGAAUACGAAGCCACGCCGUUGGGUAUGUUGCAAUCUUUCACUGAAAGAGAAUACUAA